GAUUCAGACAACUUUAUUGAUCCCAAGAAGGGCAAUUCAAUUCACAGCUUACCCCAUCUCAAACACACACGGACAACAUCCAGACAAACAUCCAAAAUGUUCUGUCAAUCACAGAUCAGUCAAACUGACAAACAGAGGUCGGUAAAGGACAGCAGAUAAGUUAAGAAGAUAUAAUAAAUAGCAAUAACAUAGAUAAAAAGAGAAAACAUGAUACAUGUUACCUGAUUUAUCAUGUAAGGGAACUGUCAAGAAAAAUCUCACAUGAAAUAACUACUGUCUGAGUUUAAUAACCUGGUAACAGAAGGAAUACAAGAGUUGGAGUAACGGUUAGUUCUCCUCGGAGGUUCCUGAUAAUGGCGGCCUGAAGGCAUCAAUCAUCAAUCAAUCAAGAGCACAUUAAUCCAUAAUGAAAAUAAAGUUUCCUAAUCUGAAUUAUUCUACUCAAUCUAAAGGUCUUUUACACUUUUCUACUUCACAACAAACAAUAAACCAGCAUGUUGUGAACAUCUUAACCAGCCUCUCAGACUCACUUUAAAGAUUUAAUCCUUAUCCUCAUCUAAUCCCAUUAAGAUUAAACUGGGUGUAAACUGGGUGCGUAUGGUGCCCGCUUCCCCAGCUGCAGGUUUUACACUCGGGUUUGGCAACAACUGAUAUCACAUAUUACAGCUUGCUUUCAUUUUAAUCCAAGAUGGCUGGUUGAGAAUGUGUCUGUUUCCUGCUCUUCCCAUCUGUUAAAUGUAUGAGAAUGUAACCUUGUCUGUGCAAGAAAUAACUCUGUCUGAGCAAGGAAAUACAGGUUGGCCUCCACUUCUAGUCACUUUUAUUAGUGCAUCACCAACUGGAUAAUUACUGGAACUAUUCAAUCAGGGAAUGUGCCACAGAUUUAUUCAAUUAAGAGUGCCUGCAUGCCUAAUAAUACAAUGUGGUUUCAUCUGCUGUAGGUAUCCGUCACUGUGACAGAGCAGGAGAAAGAUUCACAUUGAGGGAUUAGUGUCAAGUAUGGAAAUAAGGAGUGAUGGAUGAUUUAAGGAGUAUAAUACAAGGAGACAAUCAUAAAUCAUUAUUGCAAAGUCACAGAAAGGAAGCGUCUGUCUGCUGUCUACAUUCGGACUUCACUUUCCUCUCAUUCCCGGCUUCCCCCUCUAAUUUUCCUGCACAACCACAAGCACUGCUCGCUCGCUCUGUCAUGACUCCCAGUAACACUGGCAUCUCAUUUAGAGGCAGCAGCCCAGCAUCCAUUAGUUAGAGCAGAGGGAGGAAAUACGGGCUGUGGAGGGAGGGAAGAUGACGGCUAUUUAAGGGUUGGAGUUUAAGCAAUGGGGGUCUGACUUAAACUUCUCCUCACACUUUAAAAGACAUUUACUCCUACUCUCUCUUCCUCUCUCUUCCUCUCUCUCUCUGACAGUAAAGGAGCUGAACUCCAGCCUGAGCUGUGAGCAGUGAGGAAAGAUAAGGAAGCUGGCUGAGGGAGGAUAGAGCUGCCACCUUGCUGGAGAGGCUGCAAGACGGAGCAGUGGCACAGCAGAGCAAAGCAUCAUUUUUCUUGGCUUCAUUGAAUGUGUGAAGACUCUGAGGAGCGCCUCAUCUUACCUGCACGGGCUUGUGACAAGUAGAUUGCAGUAGUACAGAACCUUCACCUUUAAUGAGGAUUGGCCUUUAGUGAGAGGUUCAAACUGAUAUUUAUUUCACUAAAUCCACGUCCCACGUCCAGCAUGGAUACCCGAGGCGUUCUGAGCUGCCUCCUCCUGACUGCUUUGCUCAGCUUAUCAAAUGCCGGGCUGGUGAAGAAAAUCCUACGGCAUCGACGACAGACUCUGGAAUCCCCUAAAGAUCAUAACGCCACACUGCCGAGCGCGGACCAUCCUGUUGUUUUCAACCACGUCUAUAACAUCAAUGUUCCUGCCAGUUCCCUGUGCUCGGUAGACCUGGACGCUCCAGAGAGCACUCAGCUCCAUCCUAAAGAUGCAGCAGUGUCUUCAGGCCAGCACAUCACUGAGCACACCGUCGAUGGGGAGAACCAGAUCGUCUUCACUCACCGCAUCAACAUACCUCGGCGGGCCUGCGGUUGCACCGACGACCUGCCCGGCAUGAAAGAUCUCAUGAGCCGGCUGGAGAUGCUCGAAGGAGAAGUUUCAGCAUUGAGAGAUCAGUGCACCGGUGACAGGGCCUGCUGCAGUGCACAGGCCACAGGUGUGGUGGGAACUAAACCAUACUGCCACGGUCAUGGAAACUACAGCACUGAAACCUGCGGCUGCAUAUGUGAGCCUGGCUGGAAGGGACCCAACUGCACUGAACCCGAGUGUCCCAAUAACUGCCAGAACCGGGGCCGCUGCGUCGACGGAAAGUGUGAGUGCUUCAAAGGCUUCACAGGAGAAGGCUGCACACUCGAGGUCUGCCCUGCGGACUGCGGAGCCCGUGGCCGGUGCGUGGGCGGCAUUUGCAUCUGCUCUGAUGGUUUCCUCGGCGAAGAUUGCUCUCAAACCAAGUGCCUCAACAACUGCCGAGGCCGUGGCCGCUGUGAAGAUGGAGACUGCAUCUGUGAUGAACCCUGGACUGGCUCCGACUGCUCUGAACUCAUCUGCCCCAAAGACUGCUACGACCGUGGACGCUGCGAGAACGGCACCUGCUACUGCGAUGAGGGGUACGGCGGGGAGGACUGUGGAGAAACCACCUGCACCAACAACUGCCACGGUAACGGUUUCUGUGUGGAUGGCCGGUGCGUCUGCGCUGCCGGCUUCAGCGGAGAAGACUGCUCCCGGCUCACCUGCCUCAACGACUGUAACGGCAGAGGUACCUGCUUCAACGGGAUGUGCAUCUGCGACGUGGGCUAUCAAGGCGCAGACUGCAGCCAGUUGGCGUGCCUGAACAACUGUAACAGCAGAGGCCAGUGCAUAAAUGGACAGUGUGCCUGCGAUGUCGGUUUCCAGGGAGACGAUUGCUCGGAGCUUUCCUGUCCAAACGACUGCCAGUACAGGGGGCGCUGUGUUAACGGCCAGUGUGUGUGCGAGGAAGGCUUUGUUGGAGAGGACUGCAGCAUCAGGACCUGCCCCUCAAACUGCUACGGCCGCGGCGAGUGUAUUAAGGGACGUUGUGUGUGUCACGCAGGCUUCACCGGUGAUGAUUGUGCUGAGCUGAGCUGCCCCAGCAACUGCCGAAACCGCGGCCGGUGCAUCGAUGGGCAGUGCGUUUGCGACGAAGGCUUCUCUGGGGAGGACUGCAGUCAGAAAGCUUGUCCCAACGACUGCCUGGCCCGGGGUUUCUGCGCCGACGGCAAGUGCGUCUGUCAGGAAGGCUACUCGGGAGAUGACUGCUCUGUGCACGCUUGUCCAGGUAACUGCAACAACAGGGGGCGUUGCAUCAAAGGGAGGUGCACAUGUGAGAGUGGAUAUGAAGGAGAAAGCUGUGCGGAGCUGAGCUGCCUCAACAACUGCCAGGACAAAGGACGCUGUGUGAAUGGUCAGUGCGUCUGUGACGAGGGUCACAUUGGAGAAGACUGCUCUGAAGUGUCUCCUCCAAAGGACCUGACUGUUGACGAGGUCACCUCUGGCUCGGUGGCCCUGUCCUGGAACAACGAGAUGUUGGUAACAGAGUACCUUGUGACGUACGUGCCCACCAAACCUGGCGGUCUUCAAAUGGUGUUCACUGUGACGGGAGACAAAACGGCGGCCACCGUCAAAGAACUUGAACCUGGCAUCGAGUACCUGAUCAGUGUCUACGCUGUUCUGAGCAACAAGAAGAGUGUCCCGGUCAGCGCCAGGGUGGCCACAGAGCUUCCAAAGCCAGAGGGUUUAAUAUUCAAAUCAGUGCGGGACACCUCAGUGGAGGUGAUGUGGGACCAGCUGGACAUCGCCUUUGAUGGCUGGGAGAUCUAUUUCCGCAACAUGAAAGAAGAAAAUGGAAAAGUUGUGAGCACCCUUCCACCUUCUCAGAAUCAGUUUGUCCAGGCAGGCCUUGGACCAGGACAGGAGUAUGAAGUCUCUGUUAACAUCAUCAAGAACAAGACCAGAGGACCCCAAACAUCCAAGACAGUCACCACCAAGAUUGACGGCCCCCGGCAGGUGGAGGUAAAGGACGUGACGGACUCCUCUGCUCUGGUCGGCUGGUUUCAGCCGGUGGCUCCUAUGGACAGACUCACCAUGUUUUACGGGCCCAGCUCCGACCCCUCGGAUGAAAUCAGAGUGGAGAUUUCCCCCCCGGACAAGCAGUACAGCAUCGACGGUCUGAAGCCAGACACUGAAUACACGGUGUCGCUCAUCUCCAGGAGUGGACCGCUCUCCAGCAACCCUGCCGUCACCACAUUCACUACAGCGCUGGACGCCCCCACCGGCCUGCAGGCUGUGUCCCAGACAGACGACAGCAUCACUCUGGAGUGGACCAACAGUCAGGCUGAUGUCGGCAACUAUCUGGUGAAAUACAGUCCCAUCUCUGGAGCGACUCAUGGUGAGGAACUGUUCCCACGAGGACCGGGAGACACCACAAAAGCCACUAUCACUGGGCUGAAGCCGGGGACAGAGUAUGGGAUUGGUGUGACAGCCGUGAAGAAUGAGAGAGAGAGCCUUCCUGCUACUACAAAUGCCGCAACUGAUAUUGAUCCUCCCAGAGAUUUCAAAGGAGUCGAGUCCACAGAGACCUCUCUCACCUUGAAGUGGCAGAAACCACGGGCCAAGGUCGGCGUCUACAGGCUGAUGUACGUCUCCAGGGACGGCCAGGAGGAGGAGGUGGAGAUCCCAGCCACAGCCACCAGCUACGUCGUGUCCAACCUGACUCCUGGAAUGAGCUACACCCUCACUCUGGCUGCAGAGAGGGGGCUCAAGAGGAGCACGCCUGUCACCGUAUCUGCAUCCACAGCCUCUUUCACGUUUUAUUUAGCUGACUCAGACGACCGCGAGCUAACGUCUCCUUCAGGCUCGGAGGACAACGUCAUUAGCUUCGUGUAUUUAGACCCCUCCGAGGAUGAGCUCGGGAAACUGACAACGUCGGGCAUCACGCCUGACGGAUUUGAACUCUCAUGGAAACUAAAGGCUCACGGAGUCUAUGAUAGUUUGACAGUAGAAUAUAAAGACACUCGGCGAUUAUGGGAUGUGAGAGAGGUCCAACUUCCUGCCGAUGCCACUGGCUCUAGAAUCCAGGGCCUGAAUGCAUCGACAGAAUAUCAAAUAAUCCUUUAUGGAUUAACCAGUAGCCAGAGAUCUGCGCUACUCGAAGCUGUUGCAGUCACAGCACCAAAGCCUACCUCUCCAGAUGUUCUUAUGCUGAGCAUCAACGAUGCCCCAACAGCUCCUCUGGAUGUUGAAGCAGUUCAAACCCCAGAUCCCCUCCGUCCUCUGAACACUCCUGAUACUGGUGUGAUGAGCUCUGAGGCUGAGCCUGAAAGCUCCAGUCUGGACGUGUUGGGGGACCUCACAGUCAAGGUCACCUCCACCAGCGUAAGCCUGUCUUGGACGGCGCCCGACGAGGCGUUCGAUAGCUUUUUGGUGGAGCUCAGUGCUCCGUCAGGGGCGACUCCAGCUCAUGUGACCACACUACCAGGAAGUGUGAGGAAGGCUCAAAUAGAGGGCUUGUCCCCCUCGACACAAUAUGAUAUUUUAUUACAAGGGCUGUUGGAAGGGAGGCCAUCCUUACCUCUCAAAGUUCUUUCUACUACAGAGGAGCAGGAGCCCGCGGUGGUGAACCUCACCACCUCUGACAUUACAUGGGACGGCUUCACUGCGUCCUGGAGCCCCGCCGGGGGGGAAUUUGACAGCUUUGUCAUUGAGGUAACAAACUUGGACAAUUUGGAAGAGAGCCAGAACCUCAGUCUGUCCGCAGACGCUUUCAGCCUGGGCCUCUCCGGGCUGAACCCCAACACCAGCUACCUGGUUGGCCUGUUUGGGAUGUAUCAGGGCUCCUUCCUUCAACCCGUGUACACUGAAGUCACCACAGUGAUUCAGCCAUCGGUUGGCAAUCUAUAUAUCUCAAACUUAACGUCAGAGAGCUUUUCAAUCUUCUGGAACAGCACUGAAGGAGAAUUUGAUGGUUUUAUCCUGGAGAUAAUUGAUUCUGAUUGGCUGAUGGAGCAAAAGGAAUAUAACAUAUCCCACAGUGUAAAGUCCCAUGACGUCACAGGGCUCAGGCCCAGCACUGACUAUGUAGCCUACUUCUAUGGGACAUACAAGGGAUCCAGAACAAGUGCUGUCAGUAUUGUUGCAUCAACAGCUGAAGAGCCUGAUUUGUCCAGGCUAGUUGUUUCUAACAUUACCUCAGACAGAUUCUCUCUGUCGUGGCGGACAGGAGAGAAGGCAUUUGAUAACUUUAUAGUAGAAGUCAGAGAGUCUGCUUCGCCCUCGCAGGCGAUGGGGCGUGCUCUGCCAGGAGACGUGCGCUCCACAGUCAUGGCCGGGCUCAAAGCGAGCACGAGCUACAACAUAAAGCUGUACGCCAGCACUGGUGGCCAGAACACACAGCCCCUGUUUGAUGUAGCUACAACAGAGGAUGUCCCCCAGUUGGGGCCCAUAGCUGCGUCAUCUGUGAGCCCACAUAACCUCAGCUUGUCCUGGAGCACUGUGUCGGGCCACUUUGAUGGCUUCGUUAUCCGGGUCAGUGACCCCGAGCAGCAGUCUGAUACGCUGGAGUUCAGACUGCCUGGUGAAGCUCGUAUCAUUACCAUCUCUAAUCUGAUGGAUGCCACAGGCUAUGAUAUUGAACUAUACGGUAUCUCUCAUGGGCGCCACACUCCUUCUGUGUUAGCCCACGCCGUCACAGCUCCUUUGCCUAAAGUGGAAAACUUGACCAUUUCCAACAUAACUCCGUACGGCUUCAGAGUGUCGUGGGAGGUGAAGCAGCAGCAGCAGCCGCCGCAGCAGGAGGAAUUAGCCCCCUCUAGUGGCGGCUUCAGCCGUUUUCACAUAGUGGUGACAGACUCUGGCUGGCUGCUGGAGCCUCAGGAGUUCACUGUGCCAGGAAACCAAAGUCACCUGGACAUCUGGGGCCUCAUCACCGGCAUAGGCUAUGAGGUCAGGCUGACCGGGGUGUCAGAAUCAGGGCUUCUCUCUCGGCCUCUGACUACAGUGGCUGUGACAGAGGCAGAGCCUGAGGUGGAGCAUCUCUUUGUCUCGGACAUCACGGCUGACGGUUUCCGUCUGUCGUGGACGGCUGAUGAAGACUUGUUUGACAGAUAUGUGAUUAAAAUAAGAGACAGCAAAAGAUUAGCCCACCCUCAAGAGUACAGCGUCCGUGGCGAUGAACAAACCAAGGUUUUAACAGGACUCAUGAGUGGCAGCGAGUAUGAAAUCGAGCUUUAUGGUGUCACAUUGGACCAACGCUCCCAACCUAUUACUGGGGUUGCUCAGACAGGUCUGAGCACUCCAAGAGGACUCAGCUUCUCUGAAGUGACGGACUCCUCGGCUGUAGUUCACUGGUCCAUGCCUCGCUCUCCAGUGGAUAACUACCGAAUCACCUAUGUGCCCUUUGAAGGAGGAAGCCCACUGAUGGUGACUGUGGAUGGCAAUGUGAUUGAGGCUUUGCUGCCCGAUAUGAUCCCUGGCAAAAUGUACCAAGUGACCGUGAGUGCUGUGAAGGGUCUGGAGGAAAGUGACCCCAGCACUGACACUGUAAUCACAGCUUUGGACAGACCUCAGGGUCUGACUGCAGCUAACGUCUCUGACACCUCAGCCCUGUUGGUGUGGCAGCCGUCUGUGGCCACUGUCGAUGGCUACACCAUCACUUACAGCGCUGAAUCAGUGUCCCCGGUGGUGGAGCAUGUUUCUGGGAACAUGGUGGAGUUUGAGAUGGGCUCCCUGGUUCCAGGAACCCACUACACAGUGGGAGUACAUGCUGUGAAAGAGGCUGAGAGGAGUGACCCUGCUGUUACUGAAUUCACCACCGAUGUGGAUCCUCCUCGUGAUCUGACAGCUAUUAACAUUCAAACCGACGCUGCAACUCUGACGUGGAAACCUCCGCAGGCUGCUGUGACCGGUUACACGCUCACCUUCUCCUCUGCUGAUGGUGUCAUCAGGGAAGUGGUGCUAAGCCCGACAGCGUCCUCUUACAACAUGGCUCAGCUGACUGGAUCCACAGAGUACAAUGUGAGACUGCAGGCCAUCGCCGGAGCCCAGAGGAGUCGUCACGUCACCACCGUCUUCACUACCAUUGGACAGUUGUACAGACGCCCUCGGGACUGUGCUCAGAUUUUACUGAACGGAGAGACGACCUCGGGUCUGUACAACGUGUACGUGGGAGGAGAGGAGAGCCAGCCCAUCCAGGUUUACUGUGACAUGACCACAGAUGGCGGAGGAUGGAUGGUUCUCCUCAGACGGCAGAAUGGAAAGUUGGAGUUCUUCAGGAACUGGAAGAAUUAUACCGCUGGCUUCGGUAACAUGAACGAUGAGUUCUGGCUGGGUCUGUCAAACCUCCAUAAAAUCACUAAUUCUGCCAACUACGAGCUGCGAGUGGACUUGAGGGACCAGGGGGAAUCGGCCUACGCUCAGUACGACAAGCUCACGAUUGCAGAGCCAAGAACACGCUAUAAAAUCUACAUCGGAGCGUAUAGUGGAACAGCAGGUGACUCCAUGACGUACCACCAGGGUCGACCCUUCUCCACCUACGACAACGACAACGAUAUCGCAGUCACAAAUUGCGCCUUGUCCUACAAAGGUGCCUUUUGGUAUAAAAACUGUCAUCGUGUCAACCUCAUGGGGAAAUAUGGUGACAACAGUCACAGUAAGGGGAUCAACUGGUUCCACUGGAAGGGCCACGAACACUCGAUUGAAUUUGCAGAGAUGAAGAUUCGGCCGGCCAACUUCAGAAAUCUUGAGAGCAGAAAAAAGCGAUCGUAGACUUGUGUACCCCCCCUCCUCAUCUACACGUCAUCUCCACACACACACACCCUCCCCCUGAACUUCUGUAUCCCCUCGUCCUCUCAAAUCACUUUAAUCUGGUAACAAUUACACCAAACGAUCCAUUUGUGUCGCCAUCCCAUCGGCACUGUUGUGUACAGUAUGUGUGAUUAUACAUAUUUGAAAGCAGCGGUGAGUUUGACAUACAGUACAUGUGUUAUUGGGACUAAACAUCAUCACUUCAUCAUAUGAAGAGUUCGUUAUAAAAUAGUGUAAAUGGAUCCACUGGAUCAGUAACAUGUCAAAGGGCACAUAUUCAGAAGGCGUCACAGCCCUUAAAGGAACGUUUCAUUAGUUCAGUUCCUCCAUCGUGGUAAACUGAGUUAUAGACCAAUAAAAUCCUACAUCUUAGUGAAUAGAAUGAACUCUUACUGUACAACCCAGACCAUUAGUGGAGACCACUAAUACCACUGAAUUCAUAUUUAAAUUUUGAUUUACUUAUUUUGAUAGAAAGAUGCUCUGUAACCUUCAAUAUAAAUAAAAACAUUAGUUUGAUAAUAUA